AUGGCGAAUUUAUGUCAAUUAUUGAUAUGUCUACCAAUGUUAAAAUAUUUACAAAUUCAAGCUCUUUUUAAUUAUCCAGAUAAACUUUAUAGAUUGAAUUUUCGAAGCACAGAAGUGCGUCAUUUGAAACAGUUCAUUUUAGGUGUUUGCGAGUUGAGUAUGCGUGAUAUGCAAACUUUAUUUAAACAUCUACGGUACUUGGAGAUCGUAUCAUUAUCUACUUCAUUGACACGCCGGUAUGUUGACAGCAAACUAUGGCAAUGUUCUAUUAAAUCAUUAUUAGCGCACCUACGGACAUUCAUUUUCAGCUUUAGCCUCAUUGUUCCUAUGUUAACAAUGUCUUUGCUAUACAAAUUGCGAAAUCGAAGGUUGCCAAAUGUCUCAUCUUUAACAAUUGGACCUAAACUUUUAAUACCAUAUCUGGAUAAUAAACAGCUAUCCGAAUGUCUGAAGAAGAAGGUCCCAAUGCUAUAUAUCUUGGGGAUACAUUAUAUUGAACAAUUGAGAUCUGGUGAAAUAAGUUUGUUAUAUUUACUAUCGAUAUUACGAGAAUGGGUGAACUUGUUAGCCGUAAAGCUUGGAAGCACCGAUGAAGAAACGUUCUCGUAUGGUUCUGAAACAAUGCAUCAACAUUGA